UUCCGCUUCCAAAAUGGCGGAAAACUUUCAAGGGUCCGCGCAAAACGAACUCAUACUUUCUCGUUCUUUUCCAUGCCAGCUUAUAAAAUGGAAAGCAUCUGUUGAUCAAAAAGUCUCUAAAGGUUCAAUUCUUGCUGUGUACAAGAAAAUAUCUGGAGAAGUUUCUAACAAAUCGGAGAUAGUUGUACUUCCGAAAUUAAAAUCUCAUGUUGGCGGUUCGGUGAAGCGAUUGCUGGUUGCCGAAGGAGAACAUGUUAAACCAGGGUCUGUAAACAUUUAGAUGUAAUUUUUUCAUUUCCAAGUUGUAGUUUUAUAGUUUAAUUUAAGUCAUUAAGCAUGCUUAUAUAGUUUAUAUGCGUUUGUAGUAUUAAAAAAAUACUAAAAUAGGAAAAAAUUACAAAAUAUUUUGCGUGUUAAAUUGGACAAGUUUGGGCGGGAAAUACAGGUGUCCCCAAAUAUUAUUUUUACAAAGAUAACUGUAUAAUAAAUGUUAUUUAAUAGUUAAUGCUUGUUGUGUAUUAUUAAAUACUGAUUGGGAAACAAUAGAUUAUUUAAGUCAACAAUUUUUUCAACACAGCUGCUUAUUGAGAGAUACAAAGUCCAUCUGCAAAAUAAAAGCUAAAAAGCAGAACUUCAACAUCUCGAGUGAAGGCCCAUCGUCGGGAAGUUAGUCUGUCUUGUUAUCCUCGCUACCUACACUUGCACCGACUCUUCAAGAUUAUAUCAACAAUAUUGCGACUUAAUAAAACCUGUUGCCAAAAUAAACAUUACCCCAUGUCAUGCAGAACUCGUUGUGGACGAUGUCCUUAAAUAGACCUUAUGCAUAAUGACGUUGCAAGGCUUGAUGCUGAUCUUUAUAGUAGUCAUCAGGCGUAAAAAAAAUACCUGUGGUUCCGGUUUCAUAUCGCGAAAAAAUUAGGGUCGGUAGGCCGGAAAUAAUUUUUUAAAAUAUUUUUUUCAUGGUUUUUUCAAUAAUUAGUGUGACAACAGACGCCAUUUUGGCAGCAGCCUGCAACAACCCGGAGAAAAUAGGGUCGCACGGUCAAUCGCGUUGAAAAAAUAAUAGGGGCGGCAGAAAAAAAUAGGGUCGGUCGGGAACCGUAACCACAGGUAUUUUUUUUUACGCCUCACACAGGAAAAUUAAAUUAAACAAUUCAAAAUGGCCACUAUCGAAAUUUUCCUGGGCAAUGACUAUUAAGACCAGCAUUCCUCACGAGCAUCAAGGCUCGUGAUGUCAUUCAUUAUGCAUAAGGUCUAUUGAACAUUUAUUUGGUGACUUGUAUGCAUGCAUGCUAUAAGGGCUAUCUACACGAUACAACCAGUCGUAUAAGAUUGUCAUUCUGGUCUAUGUACUUGAAUAAAUACAGGUCACAUUUCAAAUUUUGCCAUAACUGAUGAACAGGAAUAGUGGCAUCAGCAGUCAUUUUCAUACGCCAGAUUUACAAUUGUAUACGGCUAGUUGUAUUGUGUAAAUGGGCCUGUAUAUGGCAAUGCAAUCAAUACGAUGUAUGUAUUUUUAGACAAGCUGUAAUAUUACUGGAUGUUUGUGAACACAAAACAGUCAUGAAAGAAAUGUGUGCUGAAUGCGGAGCUGAUUUACGACAGUAAGUACAGUCCUCGCUGUAUGCGGUUCAUAUGAACUGGUAAUCAUGUUGAUACCGUCAUUUCAGAGAACCUGGCAUCCCUGGACAACUAAAGGAACCUGUCAGCGCUUCGGUCGCUUUGGUACACAAUAUUCCUGAACUCAGAGUUAGCCAAAAGGUUUGAAUCCAUCCUUGCUACUUGCUGUUGCUUUCCAGUAACCGAUUCUAAAACUAAAACAUUUCUUCACUACAUUUUGUAGGAAGCAGAGAUCUUGGCCACAAAAGACAAAGUGACUUUACUAAGAAAUGGAAAACUAGUUCUUCUAGUAGAUUUAGAUCAAACAUUGAUUCAUACAACAACUGAAAAUGUACAUCCAGAUAUGAAGGUUGGAAAGUUGCCGAGGACUUUGCCUGAUUUAUACUAGAGAUGAACCAUUAACUUUGUUACUAGUGACUGUGUAUAGGGUUCUCCGGGCCUUGCCCAGAAAUGUGCUUGAUUGAGUGUGCAUCUUUUCAGAAAAUAUAUGUGCUGUACAUAUGACUUUUAUCAAGGGCUGUUUUUCAAGAAACUAUUUUAAGGCCACAUUAAAUUUAUUUUAUGGAUUGACUUCUUUUUACCUGGACAACUGUUACUGUUAUUACAUACAGGCAUUUGUCAACAACAAAUGCGUAAUUGAUUCUAAAUUCUCGGUUUAGUAAAUGUGUGAAAAAAUGCCUUGGGUCGCCAAGGCCCACCAUUUGUCAAGCACACUUGUUUUUGGCAGGGCAAGGCCUGUUUUCCCAAUGGGGUUUUGUCUCAUGUAUGCAUACAUGUAAUGUACCAUAAGUCUUGACACAUUUAUACAAAGACAGUAUCUUUUCUUUGCUCGCAUUCACUCUGAAGACAGACAAUCAGUCUCUAGUAUAAUCUGGUCAUUGUUGCAAUUCAGACAUAUCUGAACAUACAGUGAACAAUGUUGUGUGCUUGUUUUAGGAUGUGUACCAUUUUCAAUUGCCUGGUCAAAACUGUUGGUAUCACACAAAGUUCCGACCUGGCUGGAGGAAGUUCCUAGAAGAUAUGUCAAAAUGUUUCGAGCUUCACAUAUUUACGAUGGGUUCACGAAUGUACGCGCAUACCAUAGCGCGUAUGCUUGACCCUUCUGGUGUCCUAUUUGCUGAUCGGAUCCGUUCACGUGAUGAAAGUUUUGAUAUGUUUUCCAAAUACCGUGAUCUCAGGUUUGUUAGGGACGGUUCGAGAAUAAGGUUCAGAGAAUGCAGAUAAGUUUCGUAGCUAGUAAUUGACAGAAAACCUAAAGUUCAGUUAUAUUUCUAAAAUGGAAACCUCCCAAAAGGUGCUAUUUCUAACUCUGAUAAUCAAUUGAUACACUUCUUUAAUACAUAAUACAUGCUGCAGAAGAAAAAACCCAUGGAUAUGGAUGGUACUGUAAUUUUUAAACCUAUGAUUAAUGUGCAAACCUUUCCCUUCACAAGUAAAAUUCUGGUGUUAGAUAGAGUAAAAUAAAUUUAGUUGCCUUAGGUUGCAUUGAGGCUUAGCAGUUUAAACAAAUACAACAAUGAUUGAACGAUGAACAAGACAUGAAUGACAGUAAGAAAAGAGCUUAACAGAGAGAGAGGAAAUAUAGAAGGAGUCUUUCUUAAAAUGACAUUUACGCAUUUUGUCAUUCUUUUCAUGGUUUCUUUAUUUAGAGCACUUUUUCCAUGUGAUGAUUCAAUGGUAUGCAUUAUUGAUGAUCGUGAAGAUAUCUGGGAUUGUGCUCCAAACCUGGUCACAGUGAAACCGUACAGAUUCUUCACAGGCACUGGUGAUAUUCAUGCCCCUCCUGGAUCUGAACAAGCCUUCACCCACCCCCCUGCCAUACCAUUGCACGAGGAUGCCUCUGAAGUUGAGGUCAAGGACAGUACAGAUGGGGAUAAUGAUGAAGACGAAAAGGCCAGUAAGGAUGGUGGAGCGCCCACAAUAAAAAAUUCCCCUGACGGUUCUCAGAAAAAUGCCUCUGAGUCUGAGAAAUUUGGAACCAAUGGGAGUUCAGGAAAAGAUAAGGAAGUCCAUGAAAUUAACCACAAUGAGAAAGGAACGCGGUGUGAUGACACAUGUGAAGGAAAACAUGACAACGAAGCCACAGGAAAGGAAGAAGAAGAGAAGACAGAUAGCAAUGAAAUACAAGAUGUUGAAGGUCAAGAUUCCGAGAAGGAAAACCAAGAGGCCAGCUCAAAGGUUUACAAGAAAGCAAACGACGAAGAUGCCGUCGAUGGAAAUUACAUCGAAGAUCACGAUGAUUAUUUAUUGUAUUUAGAAGAAAUUCUUCGUAGAAUUCAUGGCAGUUUUUAUCAAGUGGUGGCAUGGAAUAAACAAUCUGAGGAGAAAGGGAGCGACCCCACUACUCGUGUUGCACCAGAUUUAAGAUGUAUUGUUCCAGAAUUGCGACGAAAUGUUUUGAAAGGCACAAAUAUUGUGUUUACCGGGGUUAUUCCGACUAACACUCGCCACGAAGACAGCCAAGCUUGGAAAAUUGCACAGCAGUUUGGAGCCAGUGUUAGCAAGGAUCUGUUGACGCAGAAAAACAAUGCUGAUCGGAGUAGACGCACGACACAUGUCGUCGCUGCUAGACCAGGCACCGAGAAGGUUUGCCACGCGUUACGCUUUCCCAGUGUCCGACUGGUAAACCCGAACUGGCUGUGGACAUGCGCAGAACGUUGGGAAUGGGUGGACGAACGGUUGUUUCCGAUUGAAGACUACCAUGAGCACAAAAUUCGCACAAAUGAUACUCCAACCUUAUCAAGACAAGGCACGCCGAAAGGGCAGCAUGGAAAGGAUGACAAUUCUAAGAAAGGAAAUUUGUCAGAUGAAGAUUCUGCGGAACACAUCACGGAUGACAAUAUGAGAAUUGUCCUAAAUCCAUUCCUGAGUUUCUCAAGCGGCGAGAUGGACGCGAUGGACAAAGAGGUGGAAGAUUUAAUGAAAUCGAGUGAUGAAGAGGACGAUAAAGACGACAGCAACGAACAAAUUCUAGGAAGUGUAUCAAGUUCUAGUAAUUCAACUGAAAAUGGUGAUAGUUUGCCGAAAAUAGACCAUGCUACGGGAGAGGAUAUCCCUGAUGGAAUAGAUGUCCCUGAUGGAAUAGAUGCCCCGAAAGGAAAAGCAAUCAAUUUUUCGACAAUCAAACAAAAUCGCCGCGAGGAUGAAGGUAGUCCAUCAAAGCGUCGUAAGCUUGAUUUUAAAGUUGGAGAUGACGAUGGUAGUGAGGGUGAAUUUAGUAGUGAUGGGGGUAGCAGUGGAUCGAAUAGUGGGGAUGAUGAUGGUAAUGACAUGGCUGCUUUACUGGAGGCUGAAUUGGCUGAGUUUAAUUAAGUUAGUUUUAAACCUCAAAUUGACUGUAAUAUCACUUCCGACACUUAUUGUUCUGUACCGUUCUUACAGUAUUUUUAAACUCACAUGUUACUGUAACAUAGAAUUCCGUUCAAAAAUGUUUGUCAACAUACACUGUAAGUUUAUUGUUUAGUACAGCAUAUGUGUACAGUUUAUUCCCAUUGAUGAUGUUUACAAAUUGCCGCAAAUUUGUAGGAUGUUUACACUUUGACAUAUUUCCUUUGUUAUGCAGACGUUACAAGAAUACAAAUCACAGUGAAGGGCUUCUAGACAUGUAGUAUAUUGUAUUGAUGGUUUUCUACAUUUAAGAAGUGAAAGAUAUGUUAUAUUUUGUAGUCGCGUAACUAUGUUUGCACGCGUACAAUUUAGGCGCAUAUCACACAAGAUUCUUCUAAGAUUUUCCAAGUGUAAGCGCAUCAAAAUUGUUUCACAAUUGAUACCGGUCUUUAUGGCGCUAAUUAUGUUUAGUUAUUAGCUAAUUAUUACAUAAUUUGCUAAUUAUGUAACAGUUACAUAACCGCCCGUUUCGCAGUCGUGCGGUUUUGUUCAGAUAGUUUUUUCGGAUAAAAUCAAAAAAUUUGCUAGUUGCUUUUGUCACACCAUAGUUCAUUGAGUCCAGAGCGCUGUAUCAUUUCUCGACAAUUUCUCUUCCCAGUUUUCCUGAUGUUCGCCGAAGUUGCCUUUGUCGUACGCGUUCGGAACACACUCGUACACAACCCGCAAGUAUUUAUACACCUGCGAAUUAGUGACGUCAUCAAGGAAUAAUCGGGUGGCAUAUAAUUCACAGGUUGGACGCCAAUCACAAAUCUCUUUUAUUUUCAUUACCACGUGAUCAUUGUUGUCAAGGCUAUACUGACGUACACUGUGGUUGCUAGGGGCAUCUUGAGAACACGUGAUAAAAUCAUCUCUACCCCAGAAUGCAUUGGUAAUAUUAAUCUUUUCG